ACAUUGUAGUACUAACGAUUUAUGGAUAUUGGAUGGUUUUGGGGUAGAUAUAUUAGCUUGUGUUAUGUCUGAAAAACGGUUUUUAUUUCUUAUAAGAUGCAUUCGAUUUGAUGACGUUCGUGGCCGUUUAGAGUGAAAAAAAAAUGACAAUAUGACAGUAAUACGUAAAAUAUUUGAAGACUUCGUCAAAAACUGUAAGUCUUGUUACAAAAUUUCAGAAUACGCAACAAUUGAUGAAAAACUUCAGUCUUUUAGAGGCCGAUGUUCAUUUAGAGUUUAUAUGCCUAAUAAACCAGCGAAGUACGGUCUUAAGUUAUUUGCACUUGUUGAUAGUGUAAAUUAUUACACAAAUAACUUAGAGCUAUAUGCAGGUACUCAGCCUUUAGGACCAUUUUCAAUAAAUAAUUCCGCGUCGUGCGUAGUGAAGCGUCUCAUCGAAAAUAUAAAACAUACCGGUCGUAAUAUAACUAUUGAUAACUGGUUCACAAGUAUUACAUUAGCCGACGACAUUUUAAUAGAUCGAAUUACGCUAAUAGGUACAAUAAAAAAAAAAUAAAAGAGAUUUACCACCCGAUUUUAUUUCGAUAAAACAUCAGAUAUUAUAAUC